CUGCCCGAGGCACAGACUGGACCACAGACAGCAGAGAUGUGUGAUUAUAUGCUGUUACCUUGCAACCACACUGCAGUACUAUAAAGUCAGUUUUUAUUUGUGUAUCAUAAAAACAUGCAUUUCUGGUCUGCCUAGGCGUUCACAGCAUAGACCACUGGCAUCGUUUUAAAUGUAGGGUUAAUGGAAGGAGAAGCCCCUGGAUUAACCCUACCCAUGCUGUAACACAAUUGAUGGCUGUUGUACACCAAGGUGUCAAAUGCACAGCCUUCGGCUCUCACUAGAUGGCAGCAUCGAGCUUCAUGGCUCCCUGAGAGUGACGCUUGCUGUUACCAAUCAAACCAGAGAAGGGGUUAAAGCCGUUGAUCUCAAAUAUGUCACGUGGGAAAUACAUAAAUCCAAUACAAAAUUUUAAAAAAAUUAUUGGAUUUUUAAAGAAGUUACUGUGAAGCACUGGCAAUUUAUUAAGAAAGUUGGAAGCGACUGAUCUGCGGUAGGGUUAAGAAAGUGCAUGUUGUCUUUAAAAUUCUAGAAAGGAAAUUAGCCUUUUUUUAAUACAGCCUGGCCUCUAUCCUCUUUACUUCAGAUAAGAAGAAACGUUAGGAAAACAUUCCUUUCCGUCAUGGAUAGGAUAAGUCACGGGACGGAGGUGGAAACGGACUUCGCAAGAUGUUCGAAGCGGUGAUAACGCAGAGACACCAGCACCACCCUUUCCUGCUCUGAAAACAACAAACCAAAAAAAUAAACCCUGCAAGCCUUCCUCUUUUGCCCUGUGACACAUUAAUCACCCCAUGUCCACAUUCCUCCGCGCAGUUAUGACUCUUCAGUCUCUGAAGCCUGCCUGCCUGCCUGCCUGCUGGUUGGUGCAGUGUGGCAGUGUUUUUGCUCUCCUUGGCUGAGAUUAGAAGUGGACUGGGAGGGAGACCUGGGGGACGGAGCCACGGUGCUUGCAGGACUGGAGCAUGGACUGCACCUGCAACCCGCAAGAUGAGAGUAAGCUCUGUGUGGACAACCCCGCCUUCCUAAGGUCUGAGGAGGACGAAUCUGACCAAUCACAGCAGCCACAGCCGCAGCAGCGCAGGAAAAGGGAGGGGCAUCCUGCUCAGCACAGCCAAUCCCGUGGGCUUUCUGGUCCUUCUUCUUCCACUGCAGCAGAUGGGCGCCACGGAAACGGAAACAACAGCAGUACUAGUAGCACCACGCCCAUAGCUGUCGCCAUGGAGAUGAACGAGCCAAUGAUGAGAGAGAGCAGCCCCCUGAGCUCCGCCCCUGAGAACGAGGGCCUGCAAGAGAAGGGGCGGCUGAUUCAGGGGGACAAUGGUGCCCCCCAGGGGACAGAGAAGGAGUUUGCAGGGGAGAAGGGAAGCGUUUCUAACGGGUACCCAUCGGCCACACAGAGCCCUGGAGAGGGGGGCACGGUGGCAAUGCCAGGCUGCCCUCGGACUCUCGUAGUGCAACAGACCCCUGGCAGCCACCGGGAGACCUGGAGCAAGAAGAUGGACUUCCUGCUGUCUGUGAUUGGCUACGCCGUGGACCUGGGGAACGUGUGGCGCUUCCCAUACAUCUGCUACCAGAACGGAGGGGGUGCUUUCCUCUUGCCCUACCUGCUGAUGGCGCUGUUUGGAGGGGUGCCCCUGUUCUACAUGGAGCUGGCUCUGGGGCAGUACCAUCGCAGCGGCUGCAUCUCCAUCUGGAAGCACAUCUGCCCCAUCUUCAAAGGUAUUGGCUUCGCGAUCUGCAUCAUCGCUCUCUACAUCGCCUUCUAUUACAACACCAUCAUGGCCUGGGCGAUGUACUACUUCCUGUCCUCCUUCAACUACCAGCUGCCCUGGACCAGCUGCGGGAACCCGUGGAACACCAUCAACUGCACCAACUACCUGCAGAGCGGCGACAACGUGACCUGGGAGCCUCACUCCAUCUCCCCCGCGGAGGAGUUCUAUACGCGUCGGGUGUUGCAGGUCCAUCGCUCGGGGGGGCUGCACGACCUUGGCUCUGUCAGCUGGCAGCUGGCUCUGUGCCUGCUCUUCAUCUUCACCAUCGUCUACUUCAGCAUCUGGAAGGGCGUCAAGACCUCCGGCAAGGUGGUUUGGGUCACAGCUACCUUCCCCUAUGUGGUGCUGCUGGUGCUGCUGGUUCGAGGAGCGACCCUGCCGGGGGCGUGGAGGGGAGUCGUCUUCUAUCUGAAACCUGACUGGAGCAAACUGUUGAGCACGACGGUGUGGGUUGAUGCUGCAGCUCAGAUCUUCUUCUCCCUCGGACCCGGGUUCGGGGUCCUGCUCGCUUUCGCCAGCUACAACCCCUUCCACAACAACUGCUACAAGGAUGCCAUUGUGACCAGCUCCAUCAACUGCCUGACCAGCUUCAUGUCCGGCUUCGUUAUCUUCACCGUGCUCGGAUACAUGGCGGAGAUGAGGCACCUGGAGGUGUCCGAGGUGGCCAAGGACACAGGACCCAGUCUGCUCUUCAUCACCUACGCAGAAGCCAUCGCUAACAUGCCCGCCUCCACCUUCUUCGCAAUCAUCUUCUUCCUCAUGAUCAUCACGCUCGGACUCGACAGCACAUUCGCAGGGCUGGAGGGUGUGAUCACGGCUAUGAUGGAUGAGUUUCCUGACCUGCUGUCCAAGCGCAGGGAGUUGUUUGUUCUCGGGAUCAUCUCUGUGUGCUUCCUGGGGGCUCUCACCACCCUGACCUACGGAGGUGCCUACGUGGUCAAGCUGUUUGAGGAUUAUGCCACGGGCGCGCCCGUCAUCAUCGUGGUCUUCCUUGAGGUCAUUGCAGUCUCCUGGUUCUACGGGAUGCCUCGGUUCUGCCGCGAUGUCCAGUUGAUGCUGGGUUUCAGUCCAGGCUGGUACUGGAGGAUCUGCUGGGUGGCAAUCUGCCCCAUCUUCCUGCUGUUCAUCAUCUGCAGUUUCCUGGUGUUUCCCCCGCAGCUCAAGCUGUUUCACUAUGACUAUCCCCCCUGGUCCACCGUGCUGGGGUACUGCAUCGGGAUCUCCUCUUUCAUCUGUGUGCCAGCCUACAUGGUGUACCUGCUCGUGGUCACCCCGGGCACUUUAAAACAGCGCCUGCUGAAGAGCAUCACUCCCGAGCCUGGCAUAGAGAUCCCGCGCUGUGACAUCAUCACCAACGCAGUGUAACGCGCCACAGGCGGCACCAGGCACAUGCCCCACCACACAGAGCAGCCAGGAGCCGGAGCGCAGAACAUUACUGUCCAGAGCUGGGCUAUGGAGACCCACGCUGGGACCUGCGCAGCUGCUGGGGGUCAUUGCAUUCAUAAAAAGGAGACUUACAAGUUACCAUGCGUUUUAGCAAUGUGCAAAGUUAGGUACGUUCUCAUUUUUUUUUUUUAAAGAAUCGUCACAGACUCAUAAAAUAAGGGUUACAGCAACUUGUUAUAUUUUAAGCAAGUUACUAAGCGAUAUAGCAUGUAGCAAUGAGAACGAGGCUAAAAAUUAAGCAGAUUGCAAAAACGCGUUAGCUUUUUUAAAUACAGCCCUGUGUAUUUCCAAAGAGAGUGAGUGAGAGAGAGAGAGACAGGUCAGUGCUGUGAAAUGUUAGUGAAAAUUUGUCAGUAAAAAGAUUAUCAAUAUUCAAUGUAGAGAGACUGUGUAUACUGAAUGAGAGACAGUGAUGUUGUUUUUUUUAAACCAGGUUUACUUUAUUACAAUAUUUAAAAGAAAUCGUAACGUAUCCUCUGGUUUUUCACGUGCAGCUCAACUUUUAUACAUUAAUGUGAUUACGUCAGUUUGCAAGCUCCUCCCACGGCUCUGAUUGGUUAUUCUGCCUGCCGUGUUUUUAGGAUUCUUGCAAAGACGUUUCUGCUUCGCACGUGUGCAGAAGUGUGGUAAAAAGUUUGGAAAUUGAAGCACAUUGCACUUAAUGCUCACAUUUUUACAACAUAUGCUCUGCAACGGUGCCUUUGCAAGGAUCCUGCAAUCACUGCCGACAGACCAACCAAUCAAGAACGAGACCUCGCUGAGCACCACCUUUUCUGCAUCAAAACUGUGGGAGGAGUCAAGAACCGUCUCCUCUGAUUGGGUGGAUCGCUUGCUCCCAGUAUAACAUGCUGCUCCUUGGAGGCAUGUCCAAAGCACAUCUCAAGAAACCCGAGUCCAGUUCUGUUUAAAUGCGGAGUGUGAAUGUACAGGAACAGGGCGGUUUGUGUGUAAAUUCAUUUUGUCUUUUGUCAGAAAAAUGUAAUAAGACUUUAUGACAAACCUCUUACUUCAAUACACUGGCUUUUAAUCCCUCCAUUAACAUAGAAUAUAAUUCUGUAUUUAUUCUUCGUAGAAGCGCUGCUAAGUGUUGAUUUAUUCUUUUUGUUCUAAGAUUUAGGUCAGUACCAUUUAAGGUGAACCCCUGUAGAAAAACCUGGGCUCCACUGAAAUGCGUGGGACAAACUGGACAAAAUAAAAUGCUGAGUUUCUACCAACUUGGCCCAAUAAUCAUGCAUAACGUAGUCGACUAGCCGGUCCACUACGCUAUGAACCAUGAGAAAUGUGCAGAAAGGAAAAAAGAAAAGCUGCAAUUAAAAUUCCUCCUUGUCCAGUGAGAACACAGCGAACGCGCUCUGACUGUGCAGAAACAGGAGCUGUAACCAUACCCCCAAAAGGAAACGCUAGGAUUCUGAGAGCUGGUUUUUCAAUGAUUUCAUCCUGGGUAUGUGAGGACAGCAUCCCCUUUACUGUAUGUGUACUCUGUACUGCACGACAUCGUAAUUGUAUUUAUCAACCUGUUCUUGUUCGAUAUAAAUGUGUAAAAAGACUGAGUUUUAAUUAAGUCUGUUAUCAUGGUCUGUUGUAAAUCUCUAUUGUAAUGAAUUAUAUAAACAUAAAUGGUCUAUGAUGAAGGAA